UGAGCCCUUCGUAACCAAUUCUGCUCAGCCCAUCCUAUCCGCAUUUCUGGUGUCCUCGGGAAAGAACAAUCCUCUUUUAGUCUCCGUGCUUUUGCCAAGAUCCUCCGCGGUUUCCCUCAGCUGCAGAUUUUGAGCCAUUUCCUGAAAAACUGCUUCUGUCUUUAUCAUACUGGGCCAUUUGAAAAAAAAAAAAAAAAACAAAAAAAAAACCCAACUUGAAAACCUUCAAAUUUCCUGCUCGCGGUUGAGACAUCGGGUUGUUCCCUCACUGACAUGUGUCUCUUCACACUUCUGUAAUUUUACUCUCUCAACUGAAUGCAAAUAUUAGAUGGAGAUAAUGGACAAUGUUAUUUAUUCUACAUUUCCAUUGUCUACAGAACCUCAAACCCAGAAUGAUUGCAGACCACAGCAAAAAGUUUCUUCUUCCAGGUUCCCUCUCUCACACCAGGUGGCAAUAGGUUUAGGACUUCUGAACAUCAUUUUUGUAUGUCUCCUGCUUGUCCAAUGGAUUCACUGCCAGGGUUCUAGUCGUACCAGUUGUUCCAGUUGUUGCAGUUGUCCAGACCUCUUUAUGAAGAAUGGUAACUACUGUUAUUACUUCUCAAUGGAGAAAAAAGACUGGAAAUCUAGCCUGGAAUUCUGCCUGGCUAAAGAUUCACAUCUCCUUGAGUUCACAGACCGACAGGAAAUGAGCCUAGUUAAACAGUUACUCAAAGAUGAUUUUUACUGGAUUGGUCUGAGGAAUGAAGCUGGCUGGAGGUGGGGAGAUGGGUCACCCCUAAACAUCUCAAGCAUCAUUUCAAACAACUUGAUCCAGAAGUGUGGAGCCAUCAAUGGAAACGGUCUCCAAGCCUCUAGCUGUGAAGUUUCUUUACCGUGGAUCUGUAAGAAGGUCAGACUUUGAGGGAGUCAGAUCUGUGGUAAGGCUCCCUCACAAGAGGGAGCAGGCCUCUGGAUGCUCAGAUGACCAUGAGCAUGUAUUUGGUGAAUGCUGAACCUUCUAGGACAUAGCAUUCGAUGUAAGAUUAGUGCAGCUUCCCUGGGAACUGCAGAUUUGUUGCUGGACUCUCCUUGUGAACAUUUAGAUAUUAUCCUAACAGUUUAAAGAUCAGAUCUAGGAUCGUUUGGGAAAUACAAAUUUUUUGUAGUACUUCUUACUGUAGUGACUUAUGCUGCCUCCUUCAUUCCCCAUUCCCACCAUUUCUGUCAAAAGUGUACCUUUCCUCUAUGUUAUGGUCCGAACUGACGAAAUCUGCGCAGGUAUAUACUAUUGCUCAUGCGUUAUAGGUGUUUUCUUUUUUUUUUUUUUUAGACUUCAUUUAUUUAUUUGACAGACAAAGAGAGAUCACAAGUAGGCAGAGAGGCAGGCAGAGAGAGAGAGGGGGAAGCAGGCUCCCUGCCGAGCAGAGAACCUGAUGCGGGGCUUGAUCCCAGGACCCUGAGAUCUUGACCUGAGCUGAAGGCAGAGGCUUAACCCACCGAGCCACCCAGGCCCCCCCCCCUUAUAGGUGUUUUUGAUGUGUGCUAGGAAGUUGGCAUGUUACUUAUUCCUCAUAAUAUAUUUUUAUCCUAAUGGUGGCCCUUCACGAAGAAAGCUAUAUUCUAAAGGAUAAUGCUAAUAGUGAGAACUUAAGUUGUAGAAAGAGGAUGAGAACAGGGUGGUGCUUUCUGCUUCUCAGCUCUUCACCACUUAAAGACCUGGCCUUGGCUGAAUUUAAUUUUUCUAGGCAUGCAUAGAUGUGGUUGAAUAAACUGAUAUAUGACCAUAUCUUUUCCAUGUUGUGGAUGUGUGAUUUGCAGGUUAAUUUCACAAUAGUGGUUAAUCUGAGGAAAGUUUACAGAAGCCAUUUAUGUGCUUGAUUCCCAAGUUAUUUUAGGCAUGAAUGCCUCAAAAAUGAGAAAAACUUGGUUAUUUCUCUUAAGUAGGGUUUGGAGAGGGACGCCUGGGUGGCUCAGUCGGUUAAGUGUCUGCCUUCGGCUCAGGUCAUGAUCCCAGGGUCCUGGGAUCGAGUCCCACAUUGGGCUCCCUGCUUGGCGGGGAGCCUGCUUUUCCAUCUGCCUGCCGCUUCCUUGCUUGUGCUCACUCACUCUCACGCUCACUCUCUAUCUGAUAAAUAAAUAUUAAAAAAAAUGUAGGGUUUGGAGAUAGAUAGGGAGGGAAGGUGCUGUUUAAAAGACCUAGGAGGGAAUACUGAAGGGGACCAUCAUUCUGUACUGUACUGUUGAUGAUGCUGGAUUACAAUCUCUUACCUUUCUCUCAGUUUUUAAAAAAAUUAACAUAUAGUGUAUUAUAUGUUUCAGGGACACAGGUCCGUGAUUCAUCAGUCUUACACAGUUCACAGCACUCACCGAAGCACAUACCCUCCCCAAUGUUGAUAACUCAGCCACCCGAUCCCUCCCACCUGCCUCCACUCCAGCA